AUGUAUUUCUGUGAUGUUUCCAAGAUGCAAAAAAUGGGAAGCAAUUGGUUUUUAUAUUUUUCAGUACUUUCUGUUAACCUUAUGACGUUUACCACCAACAUCGGAUUUUCUUGGACUUCUCCAUUUUUACCAAAACUAAAGGGAGUUUUGGGCCCAGAAAAUAAUCCCCUACCAGAACCAAUCACAGUCCUUGAAGAGUCAUGGAUAACAACAAUUAUUAGCAUUGGAUCCCUAUGUGGACCACUCUUUACGGGACAAAUUGCCAAUAGGAUUGGAAAGAAGAUGACUCUAGUGCUAUUUUCAUUACCGAUGCUGUUGUCCAAUGUAGUGUUAAUUUUUGCUAAUAGGGUCUUUCACUUUUAUAUUGCCAGAUUUUUGCUUGGCUUGGGAUUUGGUUGCGUCUAUUGCGUAGUUCCACCUUUUGUAGCUGAAAUAUCUAAUGUGUCGAAUCGAGGCAAGACCGCCUUACUAUUGACAUUUAUGAAUUCUCUUAGUCACGUUAGCGUCGUUUCCAUUGGUCCCUACGUUUCUGUGCGAACAUUUGCCUACUUAAGUCUAAUACCUUCUUUAUUAUUUUUUAGUACUUUCCUUCCGUUUGUACCCGAAAGUCCUUAUUACUACGUUUCUAAUAAAGACACUAACAAAGCUAUGGCUUCUUUACAAAAGUUUCGCCAAAAAGCAGAUGUUAAGGAUGAAUUAAACGAAAUUAUUAAAAAUAAUGAACACACACAGGAAAAAGGUAGCUUUAAAGAUGUGGUAGCUUCUAAAGUUGUAUUGAAGGGUCUACUUAUAACUAUCUGCCUAAUGUUAGGUCAACAAUUAAGUGGUAUACAGCCAAUCAAUGCUUACCAACAAGACAUUUUUCGUUCUACUAGCAGUACCAUUCCAAGCGAGAUUUCUGUAAUUAUAGUAGCAAUAGCUCAAUUUCUUACUGUAUUUAUCGCCAUAGGCUUAUCGAUCGAUUAGGAAGAAAAAAAUUAUUAUUGAUUUCAUAUUCGGGUAUAUUGAUAUCGUUAAUCAGCGUCGGUACCUACUUUUUUCUGCAAGAGCAAAAUAUCAAUGUGGAUAAUAUAUUCUGGGUUCCAGUAACUAGUACAUGCUUGUUUAUGGUCAGCUUUCGCUUUGGUUCUGGCCCAGUAACAUGGUCUUUCGUUGCCGAAAUAUUUCCCUCUAAUUUGAAAAAUACUUUAACACCGAUCGUUACAAUUUCAAUGGUGUUUUUUGGUUUUAUUGCUACCUUUACUUUUCCUCUGAUGUUUACGUAUUUAGGUCAAUCAUUUACGUUUUGGGUGUUUGCUGUUUGUUCUUUAAGUGUUCUUCUGUUUAUUUAUUUUUACGUACCUGAAAUAAAAGGAAAAUCAUUUUUAGAAAUUCAAAAUAUUUUAAAAAAAUAA